AUGUCUUGCUGUGGAGAUCGCGAAAAGGGUCAUGCCAAGUUGGAGGAAAAAUGGGAUUAUGUGAAUCUGGACGACUUCAAAUCCGAAUCUUGCUUGACACCCUUUUCCUACUUCUUCCUUUGGGUUUUUCUAUUUGUCUCAUUGGCUGUCUAUGGGGUCGACACGUUCACCGCAGUCAAUCUGAUCGCCUUCUCCCGAUGGGCCGGUCGAAUCAAACCGGCCAUCCCAUUCUACAUCUCGCGAUGGAUCUUUGCUGCUUGUAUCCUCUUCUCGUUCGCUCUCUUGGUCUACCGUUGGAUGAACGCGAUUCGUGCGAUGCGCUCGGGCAGCAUCACGCGCAGUUAUAUGGACCCUCUCGCGGUCCGCGUUCAAAGUUUCCGCAUCUUUGGCUCCAAAGGCCGUGGCUGGAAGCGAUACCUGGUCUUCGCGGAACUGACAAAGAGUAAAAAGGGUGCGGAGUACGUCGCCCUGUACUCGUACUUCUCUUUUCAUUCGUGGAUGACGACGGUGUUCGCCGAUGGGCCGCGGCAGGUCCUUAACGGCAUCACCCUGUAUUCGUUCUUCAACAACCUCCAAAUUAUGGCCGACGAAAACGUCCUCCAGCUGGUGGUGUUGCUCGGUAUGCUCUUCACGGUGGUCAUUUGGAUCAUCUCGGCUUUGAGGCUGGCCUCGGCAAUUGUGCUCUACCUGAUCUACCUGUUCCACCAUAUCCCGGCCGAAGAUGGUACCCUGACCAGGUAUUGUCGCCGCAAGAUUAGCACUCGGCUGAAGCGGAUUGUGCAGCGCAAAGUCGACAAGGCUCUGCAAAAGGGCUUUAUGCUGCAAGAACGCACUCCCACUCAACCGAGUCUGGCGAGUUCAGAUACGAAACCGACGCUGCCGUCUCUCGACCAAGACAAGGGUCCAACCGUGGCUACUAUAUCGCGCAGCACCACCAUGACCACGCUGCCGCCUUACACCCGAUCAAAUUCUUUCGCCCCAGAACAGAACCCUACCCUGCCAAACCUGGAGUCACCUUACUCGCGAUCGAAUUCUGCUGCCCCAGAGCAGAAUCCCACUCUUCCAAACCUGGAGGGCGGCCUUGAUUUUAGGCCGCCACUCACUCGAACAACCACUCAGUCAUCGGCUUAUUCCGAAUCGGCUUCGUUGACAGGUCAUGCGGCGAUGAUGGGAUACAGCCCUCUGGACCGCCAGAACUCGCCGGCGCCACCAGUUCCUCCUCUGCCGGCCUCCAUUCAACCUCCCAGAUCUCGAGGUACUCCUGGUCCGCCACCAUUUGCCAACGAGUCUGGCCGCAACAGCCCUGGGCCGGGAUAUCGCAACUUGACCGACAGUACCCCCGGACCUGGCCAAUAUCGCGCGUUCAGCCCAGUCACCGACCCCUAUGCUUCUCAGUCACACGCACCCGGAGCUUCCAUUUCUGAUGACUACUUUAGUCGAGACGAAAACCCAACUGGCUAUGAUGCAUAUGGCGCUCCUGGUGCUGCCUAUGGCGGAGAAGAUGACUAUUACGCCCGAUCUGGAACCCCAAUGAGCCAACGCGGUACCCCUCGCCCGCAGGCCGGUCCCUACCAAAGAUCUUUCACGCCAGCCAGCACAGGGGGAACGCCUCCGCCCAUGAGCACUGGCCCCACGGCGCGAUCUAUGACCCCGGCAAGCUACCGCGGAACCCCUCCCCCGUCAUCAGGCGGACCAGCAGUCCGACCACCACCUCGAAAUUUCACACCUCUCAGCCAGAGCAGCACCCCGGGUCCUCAACAAGGAGGCAGCAGUAGCGGUGGCGGCGGGUAUGCAGCCUAUAGCCCAACAUCGAUGGGCCCACCCCGCCCACCACCAUCUCGGCCAAUACCAGCCGCGCCAUCAGGCUACCAACCCUUCACACGCGCGAACACCGCCUCUCCCUCUGCCAUGAACCGCAGUGCCAACAAUGGUACUCCCCAGGGAUAUGGGUUUACUCGCGCAAACACAGACCAGUUCUGA